UGAAUGCUAUACUUUAUUUCCUCAUACAUAUAUGCUAUACAAAACUUGACGUGAAAUCGAUGCCAUGUCUUCGCGUAUAUGGGAUCCCUACAGCGUCCUAAACAUUAUCGGCCGCAACAGCAACUCAGCGACUUGUGUCGGUAAAACGAAAUUUAACAAACGAUGCCGUUGGGACAUUUCGGACGCAAACAUUCGAGAGAUUUGCAUGAUUCUAGAUGAAAGGGAAACAAAGCGCCCGAAGUAUGCUAAGAAUCGUCUCAGAAAACUCGCAGAGCUAAGUCUUUGCAACGACUAUCAUCGAGGCCAAGCUAGUCAAGUUAUGGAGGCGUGGGAAGACGCAAUCGACGAUGCUGAGGCGAACUUGGCCAAUGACUCUCAAACUAUCGACGACUUGAAGUUGAAGCUUCGAGAAAGAAAGAACAAAAUCGCACAACAAUCGAAAAAUCUAGAACUAGCCGCUAAGAACGAGGAUGUCUUACAUAACAAGGUAGAGCAACAACGAUCCCAGCUUGCUCGUCAAAGGAGAGACCUUGACCAGGCUAUGCAAAAACUGGAAGGCUCCCUCGUCAGAAUGGAGAAGCUAGAGGCAGAGGAAUCAAUUGCGCGCAAAAAGUCGGAUAAUCUAGAGCAUGGUCUCGUCCAAGCAGCGGCGAGGCAAGCGUCACUAUUACAAGAAGUAGCGUCCUUGCAGCAACAUCACGCAAUUGAGCUAGGAAACACUGCACAUCUACGUAGCGAGUGUGACAACUUGAAGGCAGAGCUUUCCAACGCCCAAAAUUCAAUCCUACAGGCCCAGCUUAACCUUGCAAAGAGCCACAAAGCUAGGGACGCACAGAAGACUGAGCUUGAUAGUCUCCGAGUUACACUCAAAGUAAACAUGGCUAAGCUAUCAGAUAGCCACGUCGCCACCGAAAAACAGAUUGCAAAGCUUAAUAACGCCCAAAACAGAAUCAAACAAGUUCAACUCGACCUUCAAACUCUCCGCAACGCUAAUGUGGAACUGGAGGCAAAUCUUACAGCUGCCCUAAGUACACUCAAGCAAACCCGGCUCGAUUUUGAAAACAAUCUUCAAACUGCUGAGAAACAGCAGGCAGAGCUUGCUAACGUCCAAACGACACUGGACCAGACUGUUGUUGAGCUUGUUAAUAGCCGUAAGAGCAAUGAAGAACAGGAGGUAGAGCUUUCUAUUGUAAAGAAGUUACUCCAGCAAACCGAGCUUGAUCUCGAAACGAGCCGCAAGGUCGACAAGAAUCAAAAAGCCGACCUCGAACACAACCUCAAGGCUAACGAAGAGCAGAAUGCCGAGCUUGCUGGUGCUCAAGUCCUUCUAAAAGCCUCGCAGGUAGAGCUUGCGAUUAGUCUUAAAAUCGCUUUAGAGCAGAAAGAAACUGCCGAUGCUGUGGUGACGCGGAUGCAGGCGCAGAUCGUCGAGUUAGAGAAACAGCUGUCAAGAGGCUUCAUGGACAGAGUGGUGUUGAGAUUUAAGAUGUGGUUUGCAACAGUGAUGAGGGGAAUAAGAGCGACAGCAGGAGGGCGAAGUGAACAAGGGGAAGAGGGUUCCCUAAUGAUGGUUUAAAUGGGCUUUUUAUUUUUUAUUUGUUAGGUCUGGAUGGAAGGGCAAGAACGACCCAUAGGCCAGAUACAAACGGAAGGCGCUUCCCCUACGAGCCAAAAAAUCACAUCCAAUACAAAAGCGUGCACCCAUCUAGUUCAAAUAUAUCAACAUCGCCGCAUAUUAUAUAAAUGAAUAUUAGAAUUAAAAAUAUAUAUAUACCCUGCC